AUGGGACGCGUAAGGCAAGGAGUAUUGAUCGCAGGUGACGGCCGUGACACUGUCUCCUUAGUUCUGGAGACAUCAGCCAUGAGCCGCCCUGCUAGAUCUGCUAGUAUUCCGAUACCCCGAAACACAGUGACCUCAUCUUCUGCUCGAAACAUCGAGUCCGUAAUUUCACUACCCUUCGGCUCAUCCCCCUUCACCCCUUCGCCCCGUUCUCGUGGUCCCCAGCCUAUACCAAUUGCUCAAAAUCGCAGUGCGGAGGAGCAGAGGACGAGUGUUCGAAAUGUGCGGGGUAGUAGUAGCGUUGCUACGAGUAUUUCACCAACUAGACCUGCUGCCAGGUCCCUCACCCACUCUUCUCCCAACUUGAUCACGAGGAGCUCUCCUCGAUCUAGUCCAUUUGAACCACGGGUUAUUCGUGCAGAGUCGGUGCGGGUCGCUACCAUUGACCCAGCAUGUCUUUCCACCUCUCCCUCAUCGUCUCUGCCUCGUACUCGACGACCAAGUUCAACGGUCACGACCCCUCGAGUCUCUAGCUCACACAGGAAUCCGUCAGGAAUAACACAGACCACUCCUGCUCUGCAACUGCCGACCUUCGCGCGGCCCACUUACUUGGAAGAAUCCGCACUGAGGCAUCUGCUUCAGACAGAGGCCCCGCCGUCGAUAUCACCGCAUAGAAAGUCCGCUCAGUCCAACCAAAGAUCUUUGUCCUCUUCUUCAGACAGUGACGAGGAAGGAAGCCCGCCUCCCCGCCGGCGAAACCCGACCUCGUAUGCGUCACCAGAUGUGCUCCGUCUCCCAACUCGAUGGAGCGAGACCUACCGCAACGAUCUUCUUAGCAUUUCUGCUGACGGGAGGGACAUCACGUUUCAAGGUGCUUCAUGUAAUGGUGACAAGGAGGCUGCCGCUGCCCGCACAACUCGCCCUAUUCCGCCAGCCUGCGGGAUAUACUACUACGAAGUCGACAUUAUUAGCAAGGGCAACAAAGGACACAUCAGCAUUGGCUUUGGUGGUAAAGAUGUUAAGCUGUCGAGGCUUCCAGGGUGGGAGCCAAACUCUUGGGGAUAUCAUGGUGAUGAUGGCUGCUCCUUCGCCGCGGAAAAGACUGGGAGUCCUUUUGGGCCAACCUAUGGAACUGGAGAUACUAUAGGAUGCGGCAUCGAUUUCAGCGCUAACCAAGCCUUCUUCACCAAGAAUGGCUCAUUCAUAGGCACCGUAUUUAAAGAUGUGGGCAAGACCAUGGACUUAUAUCCGUCUAUUGGUCUGCGCCAUUCUGGAGAGGCCAUCCGCGUCAACUUUGGACAAGACAAGUUCCACUUUGAGAUCGACUUCUAUGUGCAACAACGACGAACACAAACCUGGUCAGAUAUCAUGGCGACCAAGGUAUCAACCUCGCUACUGUCUAGCGCUGGUCCUUCAAGUGUCAAGAUCGCUGCGACCCAAGAACAAACCCGUGGGGCUAUCAACAAGCUUGUCUUGUCGUACCUUGCUCAUCACGGAUACUCGAAAACUGCCCGUGCUUUUCAGAAACAGAGUCAACGACCAUCGCGGGAUCUCGAUGUCGAUAUGGAUAAUGGAAGCGACGACGCGUUAGGAAUGGACGGAGACAUGGAGCGCCGCACCCAAAUCGUUAAUUCUGUCAUCCAAGGCGACAUUGAUACGGCGCUCGCAGAUACUCGCAAACACUAUCCUAAUGUCCUCACCGUUGACGAAGGGCUGAUGCUGUUCAAGUUACGGUGUCGUAAGUUCAUCGAGCUCUUACUCGAAACUACAGAGUUGAAGAAGCAAAUGGAUGUGGAAAUGUCGUCCAUGAAGCCGCCUGGUGGUGCCAUCGACGACGACGAGAUGGGGAUGGAUAUUGAUGAGGAUGCUCUGCCACUUGUUGAUGUGGUUAUUAACCCUCCUAGCGAGACCCCACGGUCUUCCAAAGACAAAUUGGAGGCCGCACUCAAUCAGGCCAUCCAUUAUGGGCAGUCGAUGCUGAACGAUUACUCCUCGGACAAGCGACCAGAGGUUCAGUCGCUGUUCAAACGGACCGUUGGCAUCGUGGCCUUCCAUGAUCCUAUUGCUCACGGCGGCGUAGCCGCAGAAAUCGCCCGACCCGAGGCACGAAAUGAGUUGGCCAAUGAAUUGAACCAGGCCAUCCUUCGGUCUCAGGGACGUCCCCCACAACCAGCAUUAGAAACCAUCUUCCGCCACACCGCCGCAUGUGUGCACCAGCUUGGGAUGAUUGGCGUUGGGGCGGCUGCGUUUGCAGAUAUCCAGAAGGAAUUUCUUUCAGACACUCCCCAGUGA